AUGAAUUGGUCACACGAUGUACAAUUACAGCUAUUACAGCAGCAAAUCCAUCAACAUCUAAUGGGGGGUAAUUACAACAACAGUGGUGGCAAUAUGCCCUCACCGCCACCGCCGGACUACUAUCAUAAGCGCAUUUCCGAACCCAUUGUUGUGGAGGAGAGUGACGACGAAGAUGAUGAGGAACAGAGAACGCUGUUUGUUGCCAAUCUAGAUGAAAAGGUUACCGAAGAGCUGCUCUAUGAAGUAUUUCUACAAGCGGGACCCAUUGAACGGGCCCGCAUACCAAAAGACAACAACGGACGACAGAGAACAUUUGGCUUUAUCACCUACACCUCGAAAUGCACGCCGCCCUAUGCCAUGCAUUUGUAUCAAGGUCUGACACUAUAUCGUAAAUCAUUGACCAUUAAAUAUAAGGGACGUACUAUGCCGCCACCAUUAAAAUCUCCGAAUUUUGGUAACACAAAUAGUGGUAACAGUGGUAGUAGCAACAGUAACAACAAUCACCGCCACAGCUAUGACAAUUCCGCACUGAGGAGUGGUGGUAAUUUUUCAUCAUAUAAUGAUAAUACACGUAUGAUGGAUAGCAAUACCUCUCCCUCUGGUUCUUCUAGGCAUCAGGAACAACGUCUAUCGAAACAUGCCUCGAACCAAAUGAGACCACAUACGAAUUCAAGUCCAUAUCAGCGUAACACAUCAAAUAACUACGAUAAAUGGAGAUCAAGUAACAAUAGCAACAACAAUAAAAAUAAUGGCAAUAAUCGCUAUUCGGAUCCCAGCAACAAUAGCAAUAAUAAUCAUAAUCAUCAUCAAAAUAAUAAGAAUAGCAAUAACAAUCGUUAUUCGGAUCGUGAUCAUCGUGGUGGAAAUAAAUAUCGUAGAUAA